GUUUCCAUCAUCCCCUUUUCUCGAUGGCUGCCAUGUUCAAUAGAGUUAAACUCUCCGUGGGUGCCUUUUUCACGAGAAUAUCUCAAGGUUUAGUGCGUAAGGACGAGGACUUAGCGAUAGUUGCUAGUUCGAUCAAUGGUUGCCUCACGACUUUGAUGGGACUCGUGUCCGCCAUCCACAAGAAAUCAACUCAUGUUGAUAAGGAAGUGAUAAUAGAACUUUGGUCAAUGAAACAUGUCGAAACGAGUCUAUUGUUCCUAUUCGCAGCAUGUGUAGCAACUGCUAUACUAGCCAACUUUUCUAGAAAAAGCAACUUCCGAUUCUAUCAGUGGAGAUCUAUCGUGAUUGGUGUGAUCACUCUCUUGACUAUGGCAGGGAAUCGUAUGAAUGGUAUGAUGAUUUGUACAACAUUGGUGGUUCCCUUAUUCACCGUCGGCUGGAGUAUAUUCAGGAUCGUAGAAGCAAACGAUAAACCAGCUGCUGCUAGGUCGGAUUCAACUGAUGCCCCCUAGGGCACGAGAAAAGUUGAAAGUCAGACAAAAUUGGAUUUUUAAUUUUUCUUUUGUGUUUAUUAGAUAUUAUUAGCUAUUUCGUCUGAGUUUUAUUUUGAUAUUAAACUUAUAACCUAUGA